AAUUGAAUAAAAGUGUUCAUUCAAAGAAGAAAUCAUUGUAGACUGCAAUGUGUCAUGGAGUAGAUGGGAUAUGAGCAGAACCACAAAUGAUGAAUGGGAUUUGGCAAGUAGAGAGAAGUGAAGGAAAGACAUUCCAGGUAAAGAGAGCCAAGGUCAAAAGGUAGAGGUGAACAUGGCAUAUGUUUGGGACAAUGAGAGAAAAGACCAGGCUGACCAGAGAGCAAGAUUAGUGUGCAGGAGAAAUAAAAAAUAAAGUUUGGUGUCUCCCCUUCUUUCUUAAUAAGUGAACCUGAAUUUUAUGCCUACUCCCAAGCAAUAAAUCAUGAUCAGUCUAAUCCACUCAAGACAGCUCUAUUCCCUACUUUCCCAGCCUCCUUUGCAGAUAGGACAGCUCUGUGACCUCAUUCUGGCCAAGCUGAAGAAUGCUGAUGGUAUUUCUGGAAAUGUUUUUGCUCUCUUGAUAAAAUGUUGGAACUCUCUUUUCCCCUCUUCCCACCCUUCAAUGAAGAGCAGAGCCUAGAGUUGUGCAGCAACUCUUGGUACCAUGAGGAAAAUGCUGAGGUGUUGUCUCUGACACCACUGAACAGCUAUACCCUUACCAACAGCUCUCUACUUCUGGGUUUCCUGUUAUUUGAGAAAAACCAACCUCUGUUUAUGUAAAACACUCUUAAGUCAUGUGUUUUAAGGUUAUUUGCAGUGUUUUAAUAUUACUUUAAGAAGGUUAAUCUGUAAUAGUGUGUAAGAUGAAUUGGAAGAGGAUAAGAAUUGAGGUUGUUAUCAUAGCACUAUAGGCCUGAGGUAAAGAGGUUUUGGACAAGACUUAUGGCAAGGCAGGGUAGAGGAGAGACAGACAGAGAAGCAAAAAGAUUAAGUACAGAUUCAAUGAAGGAGAUAAGAAGCCACAUAACUUUGAAGUUUCUAAACAGGAAGACAAGUGGGAUGGCCAUACAGCUUCAGGGAUAGGCAAAUGAUGAUAAAGACAAAUUCCCUUUUAAGGCAUGUUGAGUUUUAGAUAAUGAUGGAACAUCCAAGUGGAAGUGUUAAAUAAAUAUGUAGAAAUAUAGCAUUUGAAUUCAGGUGGGUCUAUAGGGUACCUAUGUCCUCGGACAUGGACAGAGACAAAAGCAUUAAAUGAUGUCUCCAAUUAUGAAUUGAGAGGAAGAAGAGUUUAGCUGUAUAAACAUGGAGACAGAGAGAGGAGAUAACACAGGUUAGAAGAUUGAACAGGGCGCAGUGCCAUCAUAGCAGAGAGUACAUAGUGGGCACCAAUAAAUGCAUAUUGCAGGGAUGGGUGAAGUUGUCAUCAGUGUCCAAUGCCCUAGAGAAGUCAAGGAAAAUGAGGUCUGAGGAGAGAAGUGAAUCUAGUAAAAGUAGAACACCAGUGAUUUCCAAGAGAGGGGUUUCUACAGGCUUGAGAGCCAUAUGUCAGCUGCCUGGUUCUGCGAAGAGGAUGGCGCAGUAAGUGAAGGUAAGGGAGUAGAAGCUGAAAGUGAUAGAGAAAGAUCAUCCAUGAAGUAUUCGGGAAUUGAGAAGAAGGGCUGAUUCUUGUAGGGUUAGUAGACUUAGCAGAAGAUGGUUUUAAAGGUAUUGAAAACCAAGAGGGAAGAAGUUAGUGGGAAGGUCCAAACACACAGCAAAGGUAAAGGCCAUAGUUGGUACUGGAGAGACUUUAGUUUUAAGGAGGUUCACACUGUCCUCUGGAGUUGGAAGCAAGGACAACAAGGGAGCUGUGGAAACUAGUAAGUGGGAACAAAUAUACUUGGUGUGUCUGUCCCCACAGGGUAGGUGAAGUCAGGUGUUAGGAGCUGGGCUGGUGGAGGGGGCUCCCAGGAGGGGCUAACUAAGGAACACCUGCUAUGAGGUUGUGUAUUAAGAGGCAUCUGCUCAGAGAUCAACAGGUCUAACCUAAGUGAGAUGGCAACAGUCUGGCAGGGGCAAGGCUGCAUCAUUUUGGGUCUCUAUCUGCCUUAGGCAUGAUUAUAGCAGAGAACUGGGAGCCCAGGAGGAGGCCCAUCAUCAGGUGGAGGGUUCAGUGAAGGCAAGGGAAUCUAGAACAGUGUUCCGAGGGGGAGAGGGGAGGAGUCUUGUGUGCCAGGAAGAGCAUCACCAGAGGACAGAGAACAGAUCUAGGGGGAAGUGGCAGAGUAAUGGGUGGUGGCCUGAGAAGAGUAAAAGCAGAGCUCAAACUUGGAGCAGGACCUUGAGAUGGAUCCUUCAAACCAAAAAUGUGGUGGAAGAAAGAAAACAGUGUCUUUCAGCAGCAUGCCAUCAGAAAAGAAAAUUAGCAGUGCGAGUGACUGCAUCAGCUUCAUGCAAGCUGGCUGUGAACUGAAGAAGGUCCGGCCAAAUUCUCGUAUUUAUAACCGUUUUUUCACUCUGGACACAGACCUCCAAGCUCUUCGCUGGGAACCUUCCAAGAAAGACCUCGAGAAAGCUAAGCUUGACAUUUCUGCUAUAAAGGAGAUCAGACUGGGGAAGAACACGGAAACAUUUAGAAACAAUGGCCUUGCUGACCAGAUUUGUGAGGACUGUGCCUUUUCCAUACUUCAUGGGGAAAACUACGAGUCUCUGGACCUAGUUGCCAAUUCAGCAGAUGUAGCAAACAUCUGGGUGUCAGGUUUACGGUACCUGGUUUCUCGAAGUAAGCAACCCCUUGACUUUAUGGAGGGCAACCAGAACACACCAAGGUUCAUGUGGUUGAAAACGGUGUUUGAAGCAGCAGAUAUCGAUGGGAAUGGGAUUAUGUUGGAAGACACCUCUGUAGAGUUGAUAAAACAACUCAACCCAACCCUGAAGGAAUCCAAGAUCAGGUUAAAGUUUAAAGAAAUCCAAAAAAGCAAAGAAAAACUAACCACACGAGUGACAGAAGAGGAAUUUUGUGAAGCUUUUUGUGAACUUUGCACCAGGCCAGAAGUAUAUUUCUUACUGGUCCAGAUAUCUAAGAACAAAGAAUAUUUGGAUGCCAAUGAUCUCAUGCUCUUUUUAGAAGCUGAGCAAGGAGUCACCCAUAUUACUGAGGACAUGUGCUUAGACAUUAUUCGGAGAUAUGAACUUUCCGAAGAAGGACGUCAAAAAGGGUUUCUUGCAAUUGAUGGCUUUACUCAGUAUCUGUUGUCGCUAGAAUGUGAUAUUUUUGAUCCUGAGCAAAAAAAGGUUGCCCAAGAUAUGACCCAGCCAUUAUCUCACUACUACAUCAAUGCUUCCCACAACACCUAUCUCAUAGAAGACCAGUUCAGGGGGCCAGCUGAUAUUAAUGGGUAUGUUAGAGCUUUGAAAAUGGGCUGUCGAAGCAUUGAACUUGAUGUUAGUGAUGGUUCAGACAAUGAACCGAUCCUUUGUAAUCGAAACAAUGUGACAACACACCUUUCCUUUCGAAGUGUCAUAGAGGUGAUAAAUAAAUUUGCCUUCAUUGCUUCUGAAUACCCACUCAUUCUUUGUCUGGGAAAUCACUGCUCCUUACCACAGCAAAAGAUAAUGGUUCAACAGAUGAAAAUGGUCUUUGGUGAUAAGCUCUAUACUGAGGCACCUUUGCCUUCAGAAACCUACCUCCCAUCACCGGAAAAAUUGAAAAGAAUGAUUAUUGUGAAAGGAAAGAAAUUGCCUUCUGACCCAGAUGUUUUGGAAGGAGAGGUAACAGAUGAAGAUGAAGAAGCGGAAAUGUCGCGAAGGCUGUCGGUAGAUUACAAUGGCGAGCAGAAACAAAUCUUGCUGUGUAGGGAACUCUCCGAUUUGGUCUCCAUCUGCAAGUCUGUUCAGUAUAGGGAUUUUGAACUGUCUAUGAAAAGCCAAAACUAUUGGGAAAUGUGUUCAUUUAGUGAAACAGAGGCCAGCCGAAUUGCAAAUGAAUACCCAGAGGAUUUUGUAAAUUAUAAUAAGAAGUUCUUAUCGAGAAUCUACCCCAGUGCCAUGAGGAUCGAUUCCAGUAACUUGAAUCCACAGGACUUUUGGAACUGUGGCUGUCAGAUUGUGGCAAUGAAUUUUCAGACUCCGGGUCCAAUGAUGGACCUUCACACAGGCUGGUUUCUUCAAAACGGAGGAUGUGGUUAUGUUCUAAGGCCAUCCAUCAUGCGAGACGAGGUUUCUUACUUCAGUGCAAACACAAAGGGCAUUGUACCUGGGGUGUCUCCUCUCGCUCUCCAUAUCAAGAUCAUCAGUGGUCAGAAUUUUCCAAAGCCCAAGGGAGCUUGUGCCAAAGGAGAUGUCAUAGAUCCCUAUGUCUGUAUAGAGAUACAUGGAAUUCCAGCAGACUGUUCAGAACAAAGAACUAAAACUGUCCAACAGAACAGUGAUAACCCUAUUUUUGAUGAAACUUUUGAGUUUCAAGUAAAUCUACCUGAGCUGGCCAUGAUUCGUUUUGUCGUUCUGGAUGAUGACUACAUUGGGGAUGAGUUUAUAGGACAAUAUACAAUACCGUUUGAAUGUUUGCAGCCUGGAUACCGGCACGUUCCCCUGCGCUCUUUUGUGGGUGACAUCAUGGAGCAUGUAACCCUUUUUGUCCACAUAGCAAUAACUAAUCGAAGCGGAGGGGGAAAGGCACAGAAGCGCAGCCUGUCUGUGAGAAUGGGGAAGAAAGUUCGAGAAUAUACUAUGCUCAGGAAUAUUGGCCUUAAGACCAUAGAUGACAUCUUUAAAAUAGCAGUUCAUCCCUUACGAGAAGCCAUAGAUAUGAGAGAAAAUAUGCAGAAUGCCAUAGUGUCUAUUAAGGAACUGUGUGGACUUCCUCCAAUUGCCAGUCUGAAGCAGUGCCUGUUGACCCUAUCCUCUCGGCUCAUCACCAGUGACAAUUCUCCUUCAGUCUCUCUUGUGAUGAAAGACAACUUUCCUUAUCUGGAGCCUCUGGCGGCAAUUCCAGAUGUGCAGAAAAAAAUGUUGGCUGCUUAUGAUCUGAUGAUUCAAGAGAGCCGGUUUCUCAUAGAAAUGGCAGAUACAGUCCAGGAAAAGAUCGUGCAGUGUCAGAAAGCAGGGAUGGAAUUCCACGAGGAACUUCAUAAUCUAGGGGCUAAAGAAGGCUUGAAAGGAAGAAAACUCAACAAGGCAACUGAGAGCUUUGCUUGGAACAUUACAGUAUUGAAGGGCCAAGGAGAUCUGUUGAAGAAUGCCAAGAAUGAAGCUGUAGAAAACAUGAAGCAGAUCCAGCUGGCAUGCUUGUCCUGUGGACUUAGCAAAGCACCCAGCAGUGGUGCAGAAGCCAAGAGCAAACGCAGCCUGGAAGCCAUAGAGGAGAAGGAGAGUGGCGAGGAGAAUGGGAGGCUGUGACCCUGAGCAGUACCGACACACUCACCCAUCCUUCCCCUUGAGGACUCUGGUUUUUCUUUCUGGUUUUCUUUCUUUAAGAUUUUUGGAAGUUCACAAAAAGAUGCCCUCUAUGGGGUGUUGGACAUAGACAGAUAUUUUCACAAUGUCAGUAUUUUAAUGUAGUUAAUUUAUCUAAGUUAAAACCUUUAGUAGGAGUGUUUGGAAUUCUGAGAUGUGUGUACAUAGCCAUGUAUGGAUGUGGGUGGGAGCGUGUGUGUAUGUGUGUGUGAGUGACAGAGAGAGAGAGAAGGAAAGAAAAAAAAGAAAGAACCAGAAAGUGACAGAGAGAGAGAAAGAGAGAGUGAGAAAGAGAGAUUGAGAGCCUAUGAAAAUCUAAUCUAUGUUGCAUUAUUCAUUUAGUAAGUUAUUACUUUAUCAUUUUGGGUCAAAUUUGUUAAUCUGAAAUUCUAAAGAGCACUUACUAUAACCGGUUACUGUGUCUACUUUACUUUGUCAUUUAAUUUAGAGAUAUUAACAUAGGUUAUUAUCAGAGGAAGCCAAAUUUACCAACGCAUAGCUGUUUUGAUAGAUAAAAUAUAGUUUAGAAAAAUUCCUAAGAAUCACAGUAGAAAUAAAAGCGAAUGAAAGAUAAA